AUGGCGGAAAUAGUUCUCUUUGACACUGCUGGGAGCAUCAUUAGGAGUUUGGGCUCUCUUGCUCUCCAAGAGAUUGGAGUGUUAUGGGGUUUCAAAGAUGAGCUUCGAAAGCUCGGGGACACCGUUUCCACCAUCCAAGCUGUGCUUUUGGACGCAGAGGAGAAACAAGCCCAGAACCAUGCGGUCAAAGAUUGGCUUCGAAAACUCAAGGAUGCCAUGUACGACGACGAUGACUUGCUGGAUGACUACUCCACUCAACUUCUACGCCGACAAGUGAUGACACGGUAUAAGAAGAUGGCAAAACAGGUAUGCAUCUUCUUUUCCAAAUCAAACCAGCUUGUAUAUGGCUUUAAAAUUGGUCAUAAGAUCAAGGCAGUUAGGGCGAGACUGGAUGAAAUUGCAACUGAUAGGAUCAAAUUUGGCUUCAAUGAGCACACCACAUCGACACAGUUUGAGCAUAUGAAAAGACUAGAUACACACUCAUUUGUACAUGGGGAAGAUGUCAUUGGGAGAGAGGAUGAUAAGGAGUCUAUUAAAAAGCUGUUAUUCGAUCCCAAUAUGAAUGAGAAGAAUGUUUCCAUAAUUCCCAUAGUUGGGAUUGGUGGACAAGGAAAGACCACGCUUGCGCAGUAUGUGUACAAUGACGAGGAGGUUCGAAGACAUUUUGACUUGAGGAUGUGGGCAUGUGUCUCUGAUCCUUUUGACGUGAAAACUAUCAUUGUAAAGCUUAUAGAAUCUGCGACUAAGGAGAGACCUAAAAGCCUUGAGAUGGAUCCAUUGCAAAGUGAGCUUCGAGCAAAAAUUAAUGGGAAGCGAUAUUUACUUGUUUUAGACGAUGUGUGGAAUGAGAAUCGUGGUACAUGGUCCAACUUGGAAAAGUUGUUAGUGGGUGGCCUAAGAGGAAGCAAAGUUUUGAUUACUACACGUAGCGAAAAGAUUGCAGAGAUUACAGGUACAGUUUCACCAUAUCCUUUGAGAGGUUUAUCUGAAAGCAGUUCUUGGAAUUUAUUUAAGAAAAUGGCAUUUAAAAACGGGGAAGAGCCAAAUAAUCCAAAGCUAGUAGAAAUUGGAAGGGAGAUCAUACAAAAGUGUGCACAAGUUCCUCUUGCUAUAAGGAGCAUUGGGGGUCUAUUAUAUUUCAAAAAUUCGGAAGAUGAUUGGUUGUACUUUAAAAACCAUGAUCUUUACAAAAUAACUCAACAAGAAAAUGAUAUUUUUCCAAUACUUAAGUUGAGUUAUGAUCAUCUCCCAUCACACUUGAAGCAAUGUUUUGCCUUUUGUUCGUUGUUUCCAAAAGAUUAUGAAAUUGAAAUGGAGGUGUUGAUUCAGUUAUGGAUAGCUCAAGGCUUUCUUCAUUCAUCAUAUGGAAAUAGACAUCUUGAAGAUAUUGGUCGCGAAUAUUUUAUGGAUUUGCUUUGGAGGUCGUUUUUCCAAGACGUACAAAGAGAUAUAGUUGGUGAAAUAGGAAAGUGCAAAAUGCAUGACCUUAUUCAUGAUCUUGCACAGUUAGUAGCAGGUGAGGAGUGCACAAUUUUAUAUCCAGAUAGAGAAAAAGUAGUUGGAAGAACUCGUCAUGUGGCAUUUCAUUCUUCAAAUUCAUUACCAGAUAUUCCUGCUCUUUUGCCCAAGCCUAACAAAAUGAGAACACUUCUUCUAGGCAUUCCAAUACUUCCAAGACUUGAUGAUGAACUUAACUUGAACAAUGCAGUACUUGAGUUGAAUAAGUCAGUAUCUAAUACACUUAUUUCAAGUUUUAAAUGCUUGCGUGCUUUGAAUUUGAGUCAGUCGAGUAUUCAAAAAGUGCCGAAUUCCAUUGGCAAGUUAGAGCAUUUAAGAUUUUUAGAUCUGUCUAGGAAUAAAGAUAUCAAACUACUCCCCGCUUCUAUAACUAAAUUGCAGAAUUUGCAAACACUAAGACUAGACUAUUGUCUUAAACUUAAAGAAUUGCCAGAAGAGACUAGAAACUUAAUCAGCCUAAGGCAUCUUGGACUAGAUGGGUGUAAUAGCUUAACGCAUAUGCCUCCUGGACUUAUAAAGUUGACCGCUCUCCAAACAUUGUCCCUAUACAUUUUAGGGAAGAAAAAAAGUUCUCUCUCCAAGCCAAUGGAUGGUUUAGAUGAGUUGAGAGGAGAUUUAUGGAUCAAGGGUUUAGAGCACUCGAGAUCUUCUGCAUCAGAAGCAAAGGCUGCAAACUUGGAGAGGAAGCGACAUCUUCAAUGGCUGAUAUUAGAGUGGGACCCAGAAUCUAGUGAUGAAAGUGAUAAGGCAAUUGCAAAUGAUGAACAACUAUUGCAAAACCUUCGGCCGCACCUAAAUUUGAAUUUAUUAUCUAUAUUUGGGUAUGCAGGUGUGACGUUAUCUAGUUGGGUGUCCUCACUCUCAAAUUUGACUGCUAUUCAAAUAGCGAAUUGUAAGUGGCUUCAACAUAUCCCACCAUUGGACCGAUUCCCUUUUCUGGAGCGUCUUUAUCUUAAAAACUUGAGUGAGCUGAAGUACAUAGGCAAUGAUGGUAGUGACGUGUCCUCUUCUCCCCUGAAAAUUCUCAGAACCCUCACACUUAUUAAUUUGCCAAAGUUGAGUGGAUGGCGAAAGACGAGGGAAACAGAUCAUCUUCCAUUAUUCCCUUCAUUUCCUUCCCUUUCUUUUUUAUGUAUAAAGAAUUGCCCUAUGAUGUCUCUGACAACACCCUCCUCUCCCUCUCCCCUUUCCGAUCUCCCCAAAUUGAAGUAUCUUUAUCUUGUGGAAUUAGAGCAACUUGAAUAUCUACCACUAGAGUGGCUGCAGAACCUCAGUUCUCUUGAGACCCUGGGGAUUUUGGAUUGUUGUAAAAUGAGAAUAUCAAUUUCUCCACUCUUUCAACAUCUCACCUCACUUGAAAAUCUGUUUAUUCUUCGCUGCGAAGAACUUAUCAGCAAUGAGAAUGAAGAUGGCGCACAUGGCCUUGGACCCACAAGGUUUGGUCAUCUAUCUAUCAUUGGCGUUCCAAAUUUGGUUUCUCUCCCAAUAGAGCUUAGAGAUGUUACCACUCUGCAAGGGCUUCAAAUUAUGUAUUGCCCUAGUUUGGUGUCUUUACCGGAGUGGAUAAGCGAUCUCACUUCACUUCAGGAGCUUGAAGUCGUAAAUUGUCCAAAGUUAAUAUCACUGCCCGAAGGUAUGCGCCGCCUCACCUCUUUACGUCGUUUGACAAUUGCGGAGUGUCCUUGCUUGGAGGAAAGAUGUGAACAAGGAACGGGAGAGGAUUGGCCAAAGAUUGCUCAUGUCCCAAACUUUCGUAAAGGCAGCGAUGGUAAUCUCAAAGAAUGGAUAGCAAGCCGAACUCGCCAAUUUGUUGAGCAAGCAUAUAGUUUCACGUAUGGACACUUCUUCAGACAAUCAGAUUUGUACAAAGCUCUAACAUUUACAGCUUGGUCUUUUAAUUAUCUUCUCAAAGAUCAUAAGGUGCUGAAAGCUGAAGCAGUAGAUAUUAGCCUUGGAGUGGAUCAGGAGGCGUUUGUGAAAAUGGUGCUCUAUGUCCAUUGCCCAAAAAGAGACAAUUCCUUUGAUACGUGCUGGCCUGUCUGUCAGCUUGAGCAGCAAUUGUUUGAUCAUGUUUUCCCAUCUUCUUCGGAGGAUGUUUCAUGUUUGGCUCCAUUGAUUAGUCCUCUGUUUAUUGAUCAAAUAUUCUCCUCUUUUUCCAUGUGUGGUGCCAUGGUUGAGGCUUAUUCAAUAGAAAUUUUGCUAAUGCUAGAUGGUUCAAAUGGAGUCGCAUCUCAUCCUCUGCAGGAGCUGCAGCCCACAAAGACAACAGAUGAUCCCAAAAUCAAGGCCUUGUUAGCCUUGGGCACAAAGAAAAAGAAGAAAGGUAAAGAUGGUGACAAAGGUGAGGAGUCAACACAAGCCUAG